AUGGUGGCUCUGGCAAAUCGCAAUCGCUCGGCCACGCCUCGAAAGCCCAAUUCCACGUUCCAAACGAGCAGGAAGCCUGCAAAUCCAAACGGAAGCAUUCUAAAUUUCUUCCAAAAGACAGACAAGCCUGAAGAAUCCUUGUUUGUGGGCACCAUUACGGAACCCACCAAGGCCGCAGCGCCCACCACCGAGAAAGGUCCCGACCAAGACUUGUAUAGCCACAAUGACGAGGAGGUCGGCUCUGCGGAGACGGGGUCUCCGAACAAGAGGCGCAAAGUCGGCGAAAACGGGCAUGUACCUCUUGUGACUGCUCCAGUUGAACCUGCACCGGCUUCAGCUGCGCAACUACCCAAGGUCAAGAAGAUUAUAUCGCCAUUCAUCAUGGAAUCAGACGAUGAAGACGACGAAGACGAUGAACCAAAUAAUCGUUCUCCCACCAAAAUACCCAAUGCAAAGGCUAGUCUAGACAAGGAAAACGCCAACGAGCAACAAGCCUCAACCAAGAUUGAGCCUGACGUCAACGAAGUUGCCGAGGCCGAGCCGACCAAGGAAUGCGUAAAAGAACCGCCGAGCCUUCAACAUGAGGCCACAAGUGGCAAGUUCGAUACCGCCGAUGAGUUUGCAGAUAUGGACGACAUGGACAUGGAUGCCUUUGAGGGGGACGAAAUGCGCGAGUGGCGCUUUAUGAAGGAGCAGGCCUGUCUAGAGGCCGAAGAGUCAGGCGACAUGACAUUAUUUCAUGAAACGUUUGGAGAGGACCCGUUCCAGGAAGCUGGCGCGGCGGAGUCUUGUCCGAUUUGCUCGGGAAGCCUAACCGGUGUAUCCCAGGACGAGGCAUCAAGACAUGUCAAUGCCUGCCUUGACGGCAAUCCAACCCCGCUGCCUAAGCCUACUGGACGGCCAACGUCUCCCGCAAAAGCCGAAGAGGUGGCGGCCACAGAGGUUGGCAAGCGCUUCAUGCGGGCCGCCAUCCCCCGCCCUGGGCAGGCCAAUCCCAUUGACUUGGCGGAGCAGCAAUCCGGGGCCAAGUCGGCCUUCUCUCAACUAAUGUCUAGUAAUGCUGAGGAUACAGCUUGGUCGACCGCCGCUGCCGCCGAGAACGCAUCACGGGGGAGGCCGGCGUACAUGAGAACGUGUCCUUUUUACAAGAUCAUGCCCGGCUUUUCGAUAUGCGUCGAUGCUUUCCGCUAUGGUGCUGUCGAAGGCUGCAAAGCCUAUUUCCUGAGUCAUUUCCACAGCGACCAUUACAUUGGUCUGACUGCGAGAUGGGUGCACGGCCCGAUCUAUUGCAGCAAGGUCACUGGGAGUUUGGUGAGGAACCAGCUGCGCACAGCAGCAAAGUGGGUUGUUGAGCUGGAAUUCGACAAGGAGUAUGACGUCCCUGGUACCGAUGGUGCAAAGGUCACAAUGAUCCCGGCAAAUCACUGUCCAGGAAGUUCGCUGUUCGUAUUUGAAAAGACUGUGGGCGAGCGACACAAUAAGAGCUUGAAGCGAAUUCUUCACUGUGGCGACUUCAGAGCCUGUCCAGAUCAUGUUCAGCAUCCUCUUCUGCGACCGGAUACUGCAGACGCCAUAUCUGGCAAACUCAAGCGGCAAAAGAUUGACAUAUGUUACCUUGACACAACAUAUCUCAAUCCGCGAUACUCCUUCCCUCCACAGAAUGAUGUCAUACAAGCGUGCGCUGAUUUGGUUGCCCAAAUAUAUCCAGAUCCCAACUGCAAGGACGACGUCUGGGAUUCUGCCAAGAAGGAAGUUGGCAAGUCUGUCAGCAAGUAUUUCCAGAACCCUCCCGCAACAGAGUCAGAGAAGCCUGAACCAAAGAAGAAGCUUGGCCAACGCGUGCUCAUAAUAUGCGGCACGUACUCCAUCGGCAAGGAGCGCAUAUGCGUUGCCAUUGCCAAAGCUUUGCGUUCCAAGAUUUUCGCAUCGCCGUCAAAGAUUAAAAUCUGCAAGCAGCUGGGAGAUCCAGAGCUGACCGCUCUCCUGACGUCGGACCCGAUUGAGGCGCAGGUCCACAUGCAGAUGCUCAUGGAGAUCCGCGCUGAAACGCUGCAGGAAUAUCUCAACAGUUACAAACCCCAUUUUAGCCGAAUCGUGGGAUUCCGUCCCUCGGGCUGGAAUUUUCGCCCCGUUAACAGCAAGAGCGUGGGAGCCAACGCGGCCCCGUCGGCGAUUGCUACCGAACAGCUUCUUCACAGCAAGGGCUGGCGGACGCGCUUCGGCGUGGCCGACUUUGUGCCCCAGCGAGGCAGCACGAAGGAGGCCAUGUGCUUUGGCGUUCCGUAUUCAGAGCACAGCAGCUUUCGAGAGCUGGCGCUGUUCCUGAUGAGUCUGCGAAUCGAAAAGGUCAUUCCGACGGUGAAUGUUGGUAGCGAGCAGUCGAGGAAGAGGAUGAAGGCGUGGAUCGAUAGAUGGCUGGCGGAAAGACGCAAGGGUGGUCUGGUUCAGCCACUGAUAGAAGGCCACGAUGAUCCGGACAGGCUCAAAGUAGCGCUAUGGGAUGGAAAAGCCAGCAAUGGGGGCGGUGCUUGGUGGUGA